GCCCCUCCCGGCGGCGGCGUCCUCUCCCUCCUCCCCCUCCUUUUCCUCCCCCCCGCGAGGCCUCGGGGCCGCCUUCGGAGGGGCGUCCGCGCGAGGAUGGCCGUCGCCGGCGCGGAACCUCCGUUCUGACUCAGCGCCUCCAGCGGCGGUCGCCGGGGCCGGGGGCUGCGGGCGCCCGGCGGGGCCGCACCUGCUGUGUAGGGCCGAGCCGUGCCGUGCCGUGCCGUGCCUCGGGUGGAGGCUUGGCCGGGCCGUCCGGUGAAGUGAGGGCUGUGCGUCCCGCUGUCCGCCGCCGCCUGCGGUCCGGGCUCCGAGCCCUCAGAAUGGGAGCAGGGAUUCCCGCCUCGGGGCGAGCGGCCGUCGCGAGGCGGGGAUUUCUCGUGCCUGAGUCACGCAGCGGCUCCGCCGAGGAGCGCGGCCGUCCGCAGCGCUGUGCCACAGAGGCUGUGCCCUUUUCGGGGGGGGGUUAUCCCUGAAACUUGCCCCGGGAGAUCCACGGGAUGCGUGAGACCGACUGCGUGAAACAGUUUCUUUUAGCCUAAUAGCGCUGAGCUCAUCCACGCUUAACGGCGCGUCCUGCGGCUCCCGCUGUAAGCGCUGUGCUGCGCUCGGUGCUGAAUCUCACACGGCAUUUCCAAGCGCGCGGUGCUGCCCCGUUACAUCGCUGCAAACUUUGAAACACACAGACGCGCUGAUAGCAAUGAUGCCGUUCCUACGUUUGUUUCAGUUGGUAAAUUUUUAAGGUUUUCAGUCAAGACCUUGAUUGACCGUUCCUGCUUUGAGACAAUAGAUGACUCUUCCCCUGAAUUUAAUAAUUUUGCAGCCAUUCUCGAACAGAUUCUAAGUCAUCGACUGAAAGAAUAGAUUCUGUCCCCAGUGCACUGUGGAAAAGGUCACAGAAGUUAUUGUGUGAUAUGCUUGCCUUUAUUAGCUGGGACUGGAACUACUGUCGUAAAGACACCUAUACACUUAAGUUACAUUUAAUUUUGCAGUUGUGUGCUGUUAAGUUUCAGUGUUACCUCUGAAAUGUAUUUCGCAUGCAGCAGAUUUCUAAUGGUAACACUUUCCAAGUGGUCAGAUCACCUGGUUUGGCUAUGAAAGUACUCGUAGUUUUUGGGACUACAUUCGGGUAGCUUGCCGAAAAGUCUCUCACAAUUGCAUCUGCAGUAUUGAGAACAUGGAGAACGUCGGUUCUUCUAGAGCUAAGGGUCGAGCCUGGAUCAGAGUAGCACUUAUGGAAAAACAUUUGUCUGAAUAUAUUUCCACAGCUCUGAGAGACUUCAAAACAACCAGGAGAUUUUAUGAGGAUGGAGCAAUUGUUCUUGGUGAAGAAGCAAAUAUGCUUGCUGGUAUGCUGUUGGGACUCAAUGCAAUUGAUUUCAGUUUUUGUCUGAAGGGUAAGGGAUUGGAUGGCACCUUUCCAGCUGUCAUAGAUUACACGCCCUACCUGAAGUUCAUCCAAAGUUCUGACAGCAUCAGCAGUGAUGAAGAAGAGUUAAGAACAGUGGGCAGUAGUGGCAGUGAAGGCAGUACUCCAGAGAACAUUGUUCCUCCUGUCAUCGUGGAUGAAAACAUUUGGUACAACAAAUGCAAAAGGGUAGAACAGAAGUACCGUCUUGCAUUGGAACAGAAGGGUUACCUUGAGGAAUUGGUACGACUCAGAGAAAACCAGCUAUCUGAAUCUGUCUCACAGAAUAAACUGCUCUUACAAAGAAUUGAAGAUAUGGAUCUAGCCCAUAAAAUGGAGAAGGAACAGCUGGAAUAUAUCAUUAUGGAACUGCAAGACCAGUUGACUGUGCUAAAGAAUAAUGACUUGAGAUCAAGACAAGAAUUAACUACUCACCUCACCAAUCAGUGGCCUUCCCCAGGAGCUCUGGAUGUCAAUGCUGUUGCCUUGGACACUCUACUCUAUAGAAAGCACAAUCAACAAUGGGAUGAGAAAAGUUUUCAAAGUCUGGACCAACUUUCAGCUGAUGUCAGCCUUUCUCAAACCUCUCUGGAUCCAGGCCACUCACAGGACGGAAAGCAGGAUGGGAUAAACUUAUUAAAUGAAGGAAAGGAGGACACUCCAUCACUGCUUGGUCUCUGUGGUUCUCUUACUUCAGUAGCAAGCUACAAAUCUCUCACAAGUCUGAAAUCAAGUGAAUAUCUUGCAAGUCCCACGACAGAGAUGACAAGUCCAGGCUUAACACCGUCUUGAGAUGCACACGAGCAGGAAGAACUUUGUGUUGUAUGCAUUUGGUUUAUGUUCCAUAAUAUGACUUCCAAUGAAGACUGCUAGUUCUAAGGCAAAAAUAAGCUGCUUUAUUUUUCUUCUUGUGGUUUAAUUCCCCAAGUUUUCAUUCCAGCUUUUUUUCCCCCAGAGGACUUUUCUGCUUUAGUCCUGAAUUGUUUAACUCUUGGUCAGGUACAGGACACACAUUCUGAUGCUUCUGACUGAUUUUUAAAAUGAAGCAGUUGGAAAUCAGUCUCCUACUUAACUGCCACGACCUUUGUUUCUCCUCGCAGUGGUUAACAGCCUGGCUCUACUAUAGCUGUGGUGCUUCUCUGCAGUGCUCUAAAUAUCAACUCUUGCAGAAGAGACAGGAAAACUUAAAGCCAGUCUUUGUAGGCAAAUAAAUAUUUUACUUAAAAAUCCAUCUUUUCAUCUGUGUAUGUUGCAUAGGACAUCAAAUAGCGUAUUUAACCUAUCAAGAGCUCUUCUCAAGUUGAUUCAGUGUUAAAUUUUGCAUUCCUAUUAGCAUCAUGGCACUAAUGAGAUGUCUGAAUCACACUGAAGCACCACACUGAAGCACUCUUAGUAAUUCUUAACGUUGCAUGACAAUAACAAAUGUAAGCUGAUCAUCUAAGUCAAGCAUACUUAGCAAUUUGUAAAUAUUGAGGAAGCUCACCAAAUUCCAAGCUUUUGAGUGACCUGGCUUACAGAUAAUUUAAUAUUAUAUGAGGAAUUUCUUGGCUUAUUGGCCUUACUGGAAAGAGAGGGCCUAAGGAAGAUGGGGUUAGCUCCUUGUGAAGUUUGGGGUCAUGUAUUUACUGGCAAGAUUACAGCUAUAGUUGGUUUGCCUCUUGUAAUGGUACCUUGGCACUACUACAACAGUCUGCUCAUUGUAAGGUGGGCUUGAAAGAAAGAGAACUCACUCUCGCCUUUACUAAAACCACUGAAAACGUUCAGCCAAGGAGAGUGAAGAAGGGGAAACAAAGGCAAUGUAAUGACAGUAUUCUCAUGCUAAAAGUUGUUCUCAUUUCUGUAGUAGUGCAGUAGGUAUUUUCCUUGAUUAGGUAAUACAGCAGAACUUAUUUAGGUCAGUUUUCUCAAAUUAUUUGCCGUUGAUUUAAAUUACUGAUACAAACAGCCUGUAACAUUUUUUAAAUGAAACUAACUUUCCAGAUUAGCCUACAGUUUCAAAGUUUGCAAACUAAUUUUUGAAUUGCAAACUAUAUUCUUAAUUCUUUGUAAGAUAUAAUGGAUCCUUUAUCUAAGAAUUUUGCUAAUCAAGGUAAUGCUUCUCAAUAUGAUUAGUAACUUUUUAAACAAAUCUUAAGUGCAUGUAAGUAUGUUGUAUUUAUAAGUGCUAGGGAAAAUGCUUUUUUUGUGCCAAAGAAGUUUCAUAAAUUGUUUACAUGAUAGUUGCAAUACAAGACAGAUUUUCAAUUGCUUACUCUCAGAUGUUUACAGUACAUCACUACACUGUACGGUUUUAGUUGGUUUGCCUCUUGUAAUGAUACCUUGGCACUACUACAAUAGUCUGGUCGUUGUAGGGUGGACUUGAAAGAAAAAGAAUUCACUCUCACCUUUACUAAAACCACUGACAGCAUUCAGCCUCUGUACGUGUGAGGCUCAGUCUCUGUAACUUGAGGCACUGCUGGAUUUUGCUGCACGCGGUUCAAGAUACAUCUCCUGAGCUCUGGCCGUGGUGCUGGAGGUUACUGUAUCCAUGUAGUAAACAAGGGUAGAGGCCAUUCCUACAGAAAAUUUUACAGCAGCUUAGCAAAAUCCAACAGGCCUUACUUUUUAAUCCCUCAUGAAACCAUUCAAUUGAUUUCUCUGUAAUAAACUCAGAAUAUCAAAUCCUUUCACACACAGUCAGAAUGUCCAUUCCUCUUGUAACUGUUUUGGUUGUUACCAUUAAGUACCCGUUCUCUCAUGGCAGUUGAGUAACAUUAUUAAAUACUAAUUUAUAAGUUAGAGAGUGCAUGUCUGCUGUGAAUACAACAAGGGAAUCCAGAUUCCACAAGUUAACAUUCUCCAUCGAGGUGUAGUGAUUUAAUCAGUCUUGUUUGCUGUUAAAUGCUUCUCCCACUUCACCAGUGUUCUGGAGGGGACUAUGAUCAUGAUCUUCAGUCAUGUUAGCUGAUGGCUCUUUUCUAGGAGCUACUGGUGUGAAAUUCACGUGUCAUUUAACUGAAGUCUUUUAUGUAGUCUGACACCGCUGUGAGUUUCUGGGUGUCAUUUUGUGCAUGGGAAGUCCGUUCUGUGUGUCUUUCUCAGUUUUAAACAUUAAUCAUUUUUCAGAAAAAAAAAACCCACACUGAAAAAAUGCCCAAACUGUACGUUUUGUUGCCUUGACGUUCCAUGAAUGUUGCAUGUAAAUUAAACAUUUUGUAUCAUCACUCA